AUGAACCCAGGUGCAACUUCAGCUUCAGCAGAGCAAACGAGCGGAGAGCAGAAUGAGCGGAGCGUGAUCCUAGGAGUGAGUUGGCCGACCACUGCCGUUCCCUAUGGACCUGAUCUAACCGGCAAGAAGUCUUGCGACACGUGCCGCAGAAAGAAGAUCCGAUGUGUGCCCACCGAGCAAGGCUGCGUGCAUUGCACAAAGUUGGCAACCGAGUGCCAUUUCACACCUAUCAAAGUGAAGAAGAAGCCACGCAGGCCUGCCGGAUAUAGAUACAUCUCCGAGCUGGAGGAAAGGCUCAAGAAGAUGGAGUCUCUCUUGAUGCGCGACGACUCAUCGACGACACUACCCAACGAUGAAGUCGGCAUAUCAGAUGACUCUGCAGCGCCCAGAACGACAUCUGGGGACUUAAUACCUGAUAACCGCGUUGAGAGUGCCACUACCGGAGACCUGAGCAUGUGGAUGCAACCCGGUCACGCGGAAGCUAGUACUGGGUUUCUCCAUGCUCUACCAUCUUUGGGCGGCUCCGCGGCUCCCCUGAAUGAUAAUCCAUCGCUCCACUUUCCAGAAGAAAUUCUGGACAGAGCCCAAUAUACCAAGUAUCUCGUCCCUAACCUCGGACCGUUCUCCAUGCCAGCUCUUCAAGAGCUUCCUCCAAAACCCGCGGCCUUGCAGAUGGUCACGGAAACAUUUCGGAACUUUAACCCGAUAUUCCCUUUAUUUGACGAGGAAGAUUUUAUGAAUGAGUUCGACGCGAAGUAUCUGAGAUCGAGCCCUGACGACCCUGUCUGGUGGGCCUGCAUCAACGUUGUGCUUAUACUAUCGCAUCGUUUUCGUGCCCGACGCUGUAUAGAUCCAACCUAUGACAACAUGCGGGCUUGUGGUUAUAUACACAAUACACUCAGCGUUGUGUCACAGUUGAGCAUCACUUCCGGCAGCCUCUCUGCCGUUCAAGCCCUUGUCGGGAUAGCCAUCGUACUUCAAGGCACACCGAAUCCUGGCCCAUCCUUGGUCCUCAUAUCUGCAGCCAUACGACUAGCACAAACCAUGAACAUGCAUAGAGGUUACUUACCAACCGACAAUAUCAAUGAAAGACAACGAGAACAGCAAAGGCGCGUGUUCUGGAUCGCCUAUAUCUUCGACAAGGACAUAAGCCUCCGAAGAAGACAGCCCCCCGCUCAAGACGACGAUGAAAUGGAUGUCCCGCUCCCAACGGGAGCCAAUUCCCAGAAUCUUCAACUCUCAAACGGCUGCCAUAGCCUAUCCAUACUGAAAUCUAGAAUCUCGCUGGCGGUUAUACAGGGGCAAAUUUACAAGAAGUUGUAUUCGAUCCAUGCCUCUCGGCAAUCUGCGUCGCAUAGGGCUGCUGCCGCCCAGGAACUUUGUUCGCUCUUGUCAUUCUGGAGGUCUGCAAUCGAUCCCGAGCUGUUUGAUUUGCCCACAACAUUUUGGCGAGAGCCAGGAGGCGAUUAUUUGAUGCAAAGAUUCGUGUUACGGUUCACUUAUGUUUAUUGCUUGACGUUGAUCGACCCGCACUUACCUCCCACAGCACAAGUAACACCCUGGGACUCUUAUGAAGUAGCGUCGAGCUCUCAAGGCACAUGUAUCUGGGAAUCCAGAAAGGCCUUGAAUUUCCUCCAAUUUGCUCCUCCAAGGGGCUACGACUGCAUUUGGAUUCUUAUCCAUCCACUCUUUGCUGCGGCUUCCAACCUCCUUGUACAUGUGUCCCGGAACCCUUUUUCACCGGAAGCACAAAACGACCUUGAGCUUGUCCAGCCCCUCAUACGUCUUUUGGAGGCUCUGGCGGCAGAUCAGAGACGGUGUUCUCGAUCUGAAGAGUCUCGCCGUUUAGAACGUCUGUGUAAAGAGCUCGAGGGCGAAGCGAGAAGGGUUGUCAAUUUGCUCCGUGGGGUGGGAGAUAUCGCUACUGAGCGAGUAUGA